UUUUGUUUACUAGAGGAACGUAGUAGCGGAAAUGUCUCUGUUUUAAUGGAGAUAAAUGUAAAUAAACUUAGGAUAUUGUUGUUACUUCUCCUACACAGCUAGUCUGAGGUGAUUAGGUUUCAGGAUGCGGUGUGUUUAUGGAUGUAAACAUCAUGUACACGGUUAUUUAUAGUCAUUUAUACACGAAGAGCAGCUUAAGUGAUGGUGGUGUCGUUGGUGUGCCUGUGUGCACGGGAAGUGGUCAGUGAUCACGGCUUAUCGGCUGCAUGGCUGAGCUGUGUGCCGAGAGAGCUGUACAGGCCGCUGCUGGACGCGGCACUCGCUCGGUGUCGCCCGCUGACCAUCGGGGAGCUGGUGCAGCGCUGGCCUGAGCGGACUCUCAGCUUCCGAGGACCGAGAAAACGUGACUAUCAGCCACCGAACCGGCUGUGUGUCCAGGCCCUGCUGCUGGCCGUGGUUAGGGGAUUUUCAGAUCAGAGGUGUCGCCUGCAGGUCCUGGACCUCUGUGGGCUGCAGAGUGAGGAUGGUCACUCGGACGAUGCCAUGGGUGGCUGGUCACUUACCGUGGCUUUGUGCUCCACGCUGGUUCAGGCACGAAAUGCCACCUCCCGGAGCAGACGAGACGUCCGAGAGAAGAAAAAGAGAGGGAUGGAGACGGAGAUGGAGCGGGACGGUGUGGCGAAACGAGACCGAGCCGGACUUAAGAAGAAGGAGGAUGGAGUGAAGAUGGAUUGCAGAGAUAAUGCAGCACCUGAACAAGGUAUUCCGUCUCCAGAAGAGGAGAACGUAAAGGGUGUGAGGAGGAGGAUGGAGCUGCAAAGGAGAAGGGGAGCUCAGCCGCAGGAGAUUCCCAGCAGAGAUGACGUUCUGGUGGACAUCAGGGCUGAUCUCUUUGUCAACGCGCGAUCCUGGGAGCGCGUCCGCAGCACCCUAAAACUUUCUGGCCCACUUCGGAAUCACUGUCGCUUCCUGCGAGUGGAGGAGCUCCCUGCGUCUUCCAUUGCCUCCCUGCUGCACCUGCUGCCCCAGGAGGAGCUCCUCGGUGUGGACCUGCGCUACUCCAGCCUAGGCAUGUCGGGGUUAGCGUUGCUGUUGCCCCGCUUGGCUUGGUUUCCUCGACUCAGCUCGCUCCGGCUACACUACUGCAACCUGGACAUGCUGCGUGCUCGGCCUGGCCAGCAGGAGGCACUGCAGGAAGUGUCUCGAGGGCUCGGAGGGUUGAAGAAGCUGCGCAGGCUGAGUCUCACCGCUCUGCGUCUACCGGGACACCUGCGCCUGCUGCUCAGCUCUCUGUCAGAGCCUCUGGAGGCUCUGGAGCUGCCGUACCUCAGCCUGACAUCUGGUGACAUGGCGUACCUCUCGCACAGCUCUCAUGCCUCGUCACUGACUGAGCUGGAUCUGAGUGAGAACAGGCUGGACGAGUCAUCCUCCCUGCGCUAUCUCCUCGCCCGGGCCGAACACUGCCUGACGCGCCUCUCUCUGUGCGGCUGUGGACUCUCGGACGGGCCCCUGGGACAGCUGCUGCCUGCGCUGGGGCAAUGCCAUGCCCUACGCAGCCUCCGUUUGGCACUGAAUGCGCUCUCCAGGGCGGCGCUGGUGGAGUUGGCACGGACCGCAGCAGGCAUUGGCUCCCUAAGGCUCCUCCUCUACCCAAACCCGCUGGAGGAGUACGAGCCUGGGCUGCCCCCGCUACCCUCCAGCGCACAGCUCCUCGACUGGCCUCUUAUCGAAGAAUCACAGGUUAAAGAGGUCACACUGAUGCAGCUGAACGAGGUUUUGAGAGCCAAAGGGCGUACGCAGGACCUCUUAAUUACCUCCGACCUGAUGAAAUACAGCACUGACCUAGCAAUGGAUGAUUAAAGGGAUAGUUCAGCAAAUAAGGAAACUGUACAGUUUGUUUUGAGAAGGAUUUACAUGUAGAACCAGAAACUGACUUGGUAUGAAUUUAAAACUGGGCAUCACUAUAAAGUGUAGUUCCUGAAUCAUGGUGCCAAAGUGGUGGCUAUAAGCUUUGAUAAGAUUUGUUAGCUUAUAGCCACAAGUUGCUAAAAGUCUGGCUAAAUUAUUCUUUUAUCAGCUCAUAACCCACAAGUCAUGUUGAUGUAAGUUAGGUGCAUAAGAUCUGAGAAGAAGAGCUGACUAUCUUAGCAGUAAGCAGUAAGUGCACUUCAGCAAGGGACUGGUGGUCACGGACCUUCAGUUUGUUAAAACAUCCAUCAUCCAAAGCGAGACAUUCUUGAAAUUGCAAUCAGAAUACAGAGUGAUACAGAGAGGAUAAUCUUUAUCCUGCUGAGAUGAACACAAAGCCCACACAGACAGACACAUUCUCAUUAUCAGAAAACAACAAUAAGAACAAAAAUGAUCGUAACAAUCUAAAUUUCUUUUGGCACUUUUAUCCUACAGAUUUCUCUGAGUCUGUCACUUCCUGUAAAGGAGGCGUGGCCUCUGUGUGUCAGAUUCAGUGAAGGGGGCGUGGUCUCUGUGUGUGUCAGAUUCAGUGAAGAAGGCGUGGCCUCUCUGUGUAUCAGUCUCAGUGUGUGUGUCAGUCUCAGUGAAGGAGGCGUGGUCUCGGUGUGUGUGUCAAUCUCAGUGAAGGAGGCGUGGUCUCGGUGUGUGUGUCAGUCUCAGUGAAGGAGGCGUGGCCUCUAUGUGUAUCCAUCUCAGUGAAGGAGGCGUGGUCUGUGUGUGUCAGUCUCAGUGAAGGAGGUGUGGCCUCUGUGUGUGUGUCAGUCUCAGUGAAGAAGGUGUGGUCUUUGUGUGUGUGUCAGUCUCAGUGAAGAAGGUGUGGUCUUUGUGUGUCAGAUUCAGUGAAGGAGGCGUGGCCUCUGUGUGUGUCAGUCUCAGUGAAGAGGCGUGGCCCAGUCUCCACAUAACAAUAUUUAAACUGCACUAAAAAUGGUAUCUUGUUUAACUAUCCACAAUCACAGGAGACUGUAGCUGUUGUCAAGGCUUAGAAAUAGCGUGUUUGCGUUAAACGAGUGAAUAUUACUCCAUAUCUAUGAACCUUUCCCUUUUUCAGACUUUUUUUAAUCUUUGCAGUGAUGCUAACAUCAGAGGGAUGUUGUACCUCACACACCUUCAUGAAAUCAGUUCAACAUGAGUGUAGCUCUGUAUUUACUCACUCGGUUCAGUACAAUCACAUCAACUAACUCUGAUCCUUUUACUUCACAGAUCUCACAGCGCGUUUGUGCAACGUGCCAAAGAAUUGUGACUACAUUUGUACAGUUUCAGCACAAUCACAUACUGUUCAAUUUUUCUCCAUCCAUAAGUGUGAAAGAAUGACCGGAUGCAGAACUAGACUUUUAUUCUGUAUUUCCUGCUUUUUAAUAAAUACAAACCAAAGUGUUUCUCACCACAAACAAAA